AUGGAUCCUGCUACUGAUAGUUCCUCUUCCAACAGUGUCAAUGAUUUUACUUUGGCUGAGAUUGAAGACAUGGAGAGCAUGUACAAGAAGUAUGGUGAUCAGUCUCUCAACAGAGACUUCUGUCAAACCAUUGCCUGCAGCUUUAGUUGCUCAGUGACUCGGAGAGGCAUAUCAUUUAUAACCGGGACGCAAGUGGCGAGUUGGUUUCAGAGGAAGCUGAAACAGCCAAACCAAGCCAAAUCCAAGGCUAAGCCAUCUCCUCCUGAGAUUCUUGACUUGUCAAAUCUCAGUGCUGCCAAAAAUGUCGAAAAUAUCUCUGGUCAAAAACUGAAAGAUGAGGCACUUGAUAUUUAUGAUCUGGCUUUUGAGGCUAAAUCAGAAAGGAACGAUGCAUGAGAAAUUCAUGAUCACAAGAUAUGUAACUGCGUGUUUCUUGUUCGCUUCGACGGUGACAAUACAGAGGAAUCGUUGGGGAUUGACAACAUUUGCCGUCGUCCUGCUGCUGAGUGA